AUGAUAAGGUUAAGAACAUGGACAUGGACGUUACAUAUAGGAACUAUAUGUUUGAUACUACAGGGAAUCUCUGGACAAACCACACCCGCACCGGAAAAGAAAGCUCACCGUCUAGUUAUUAUGGACUACGAAAAAGUAGGAACUGCGACCGCUCAAUCUUCCGCACCGUUACGUGUACAGACUACCACGACACGAACGGCCACGGCAAAGGGUGGAUCCUCAGGAGCUGUUGUGAAAUCGGGUGGUCCAGCUCUGAUGGCUGCUUUCAGUGCAGGCUCAGCAUUCUCGCCAGCGUUUGCACCACCAGAGUGUACGAACUGUACGAAUGAAGAUGUUUUGUCCGCAACGGAUUUCGACUACGACAGUUUAGCUUUGCUUGGCAAUACAACCUAUCCGGACUACACGGCAAUUGAAAUGUCCUUGAAUAAGGCAACAAUUCUACCAUCUGUCGAUAAUACGACAAUACUGCCUGGACUUGUUACGGGUGCUCCAGUUCCACUAAAUGGAAACUCUCUCGGUUCCGAUCAACCUGCCGAUACAAACAUAGUGCCCAUCCCUGUUCCGGUUGUGAAUCCAUCGCCGAGCUCUUCCGACGAUAAAAAUGUCCAAAUAUUCGAAAAAACCGAAAGUUCGUCCACCACACAAGCCAGCGCAUCAUCCACGACAAAGCGGCGCGUUAAAAAAACGAGAUCGACAUCCACUACAUCAACCACGACGACCACUACCACAACGACCACCACCACCACCGUUCGACCCCGUAAGACGAAGAAACCGAAAAAGAAUAAAAAAGGUAGAAAGCUCAUCCCAGUGCAAACCACCACAACUACCGGUUUUCCGGAACAUCGCGAAGAAAGGGAAAAACAUGUGCGUAAAACUGGGAAAAAAUCCACCACAACAACCAGCACUACGCCACGACCAAAGAAGGUGAAAAAAGAGAGGAAAACGGAGCAAUAG